GACACUGACAGCUUGUUUAGACGCUUCUGUUUUGCUUUGAUUCGUUUGAGUGUGAUUUUUAUCAAGAAAUGUAUAAUAAUUCUUACAAAAUAGUAUUAUAACUGCACUGCUACAAAUUUUAGUUGACUAUCCAAGUAAAUUUUCAGUAGGCAGAGCUCCAAAAUCCCUGCAAAAUGAGUGACGAUGUGAUCAAACAUUCGGUUCACACACUAGUGUUUAGAUCUCUGAAAAGAACUCAUGAUAUGUUCCUGUCUAACCAUAACCAGCUGCCUCCAAUAGACGAAAAAGCUGAGAAGGUGAAGCGAGCGGUGAAGGCUCGCGACAGCUACGGGCAGGUGAUGGCGGCCGUGCAGCGCGCGCAGGCGCACAAGCAGCACGAGGCGCUGAGCAGACCGGACACACCACAUGAUGCUGAACACCUAGCAAUAAUGGCGGGAGAAGGAGCAUCACUAGGCAGUGACGGGGCCCUACUCCCGUACUCUGGCCCUGGUGCCACCCCAACCCCGAGCGCCCCGUCCGGAGCCCUCGCCAUGCCCAGAAAGGCCCCCACUAUGCCCAAGCCCAAGUGGCACGCUCCGUGGAAACUCUUCCGCGUCAUAUCUGGCCAUUUGGGAUGGGUGCGGUGUGCCACUGUUGAGCCGGGGAAUGAGUGGUUUGCUACAGGUGCUGCUGACAGGGUCAUCAAGAUCUGGGACCUCGCGAGCGGAAAACUGAAGGUAUCACUGACUGGACACGUCAGUACAGUCAGAGGGUUGGAAGUGUCAGCCCGACAUCCAUACUUAUUCAGUUGCGGAGAAGACAGACAAGUAAAAUGUUGGGAUUUAGAAUACAAUAAAGUAAUCCGGCACUACCACGGCCACCUCUCAGCGGUCUACACCCUCGCUCUCCAUCCAACAAUAGACGUGUUAGUGACGGCCGGUCGGGACGCCACGGCGCGAGUGUGGGACAUGCGCACGGCGGCCAACGUGCACACGCUGGCGGGGCACUCGGACACUGUGGCCAGUUUGGCGUGCCAGGCUGCUGAGCCACAGAUAAUAACCGGCUCGCACGACUCAACCAUCCGCCUAUGGGACUUAGCGGCGGGCAAAUCCAUGUGCACACUCACAAACCACAAAAAAUCAGUGCGGGCCAUCGCCGUCCACCCCACUCUAUACAGCUUCGCUUCCGCCUCACCAGAUAAUAUAAAACAGUGGAAAUGUCCUGAAGGAAAGUUUAUACAGAACUUGUCUGGACACAAUGCGAUCGUCAACUGUAUGGCGGUGAACCCGGAGGGGGUGUUGGUCAGUGGAGGGGAUAACGGGACGAUGUUCCUGUGGGACUGGAGGACCGGGUACAACUUCCAGAGGUUGCAGGCGGCCGUCCAACCGGGCUCAAUGGAUUCCGAAGCGGGAAUCUUCGCGAUGACGUUCGACCAAUCAGGAUCGCGUCUCAUCACGGCAGAAGCGGACAAGACCAUCAAAAUCUACCGAGAGGACGAGACGGCCUCCGAAGAAACGCACCCCGUCAACUGGAGACCAGAGAUAUUGAAGAGGCGCAAGUUCUAAGUGUAAUUUGUAGGUUUAUUUAAGGAAUAAAGACGAUUUUUUUA